AUGGGACUGUUCACCUACAUCAUCGCCGGCGGUAGUUUCAUUCUCAUCGGCGCUUGGGAAUCAUUUAUCUCCACCUCCGAAAUUCUUGUACAAACCCCAUCAUCUUCGUCACAGAGCAACAAACCCACCACCAAAACGAGACCGUGUUCUUCAUCUGUAACAUUCAGUUCGAUUUCCGUUCUCGCUUUUCUAUUCAUUAUCAACUCUUUCAUAUCUUUAUCUGACGCUCUUAACACGAAAGAUAAUACUGGUUUCGUUUUACAACUGGAGAGCAGGGGGAAUUACACAGUGAAGUGCAAGGGGCACCCUGAGUAUCAUCGUGGUCGAGCUAUUGCAACCCUGCAAUUUAACUGCCAUUUGGCUCUUCUGGUGACUUUGAUUGUUGGUAUAUACUCGAUUAUUUGUAAGAAGAAUGGGAUCGGCAAAGGAUUUAUGCUCUAUAGGCCGCUUGGAGAUGGAGGGGAGAUGAAGCAGUUUGAUUCUAAGGCUCAAUUUACUUUAGAUACUGAUGAGGAAGAAGAAGGUGGGAAUGAGAUCAAAGAAGUGAGGGAUGUGGAACUGCAGAAGGCAAUUGUGGUGGUUCCGGAGUCGGGGGUUAAUGGUUAUGGAACUCAUUGA